CGAUUCGGAGGUUUUAAGUCUCGCACGUUCGCUCCCGCUAUCCAACCACAAAGAUCCGAGAUGAGUCUAAAGCUCCAUUUGUUGUAGAUUCGCCGUAAACGUGGCAUUGAUGUCCCUAUUAAAUGAGCACAUUCUCUCGGGCGUCGAUUAGUCUUCCCCACAUUCCAUUUCCACCAUGAACUCGACUCUGGGGGCGCAGCUGGCGACGGAUACUGUGCCAGUCAAGCAGUAUUCCAUCAUGGCCCAGUCCUUCGUUGCCCUAUUCUGCGUCUACCAUUUGCUUGCCCCCCGCUUUACGACAUCUAAACAGCUUUCGUGGAUCAUCACGACUGUCGUUAGCUGUAUCAUGACCCUCACCAGUCUGCCCUUUCUCUGGAACUAUCUCACCAACAACAGCGUCCAGGACGUCGCACACAUGCCCUAUUUGGCGGUGCCUGCCAAUAGAUUUUUCCAAGCGUAUCUAGUGUGCGAUUUGAUCACCGGUACAGUGUAUUAUCGUUCCCAGAUAUCGAUCAUGACUGGCUGGUUCCACCACAUAUUGUAUAUUAUUAUUGUAGAGAUUGCCAUCAGGCGAUCAUUCGCUCAUGUAUUUUGUCUCUGUUGUAUCAUGGAGUUUCCUACCUUCAUUCUCGGAUUGGGAUCCUUGUACCCGUCCCUGCGCUCCGACGUCUUCUUUGCUCUAUCAUUCUUCGCUACCCGGAUCGCACUCCACAUAAUGCUGUGUAUCUCUUACUAUCUUCCCAACAACCGCCUCUACGCCACUAGUGGUUCCUUCGUUCCUGCUAUCCUUCUUACCCUCGUGUUCCCCCUGCACGCCAUGUGGUUCCAGGCUUGCAUCAAGGGCUUCGUACGUCGGAGAACCAAGGCCCGAAGCGGUGUUGCUUUGCCUCCGUCGUCGGUCCAAAGCCCUGUUCCUCCCCCACCUGUCAUUACCCUCGCACACACCUCUCAUUACGAACGUGUUUCUGACCCAGCUUCCCUGCGUUCCCGGCUGAUCCCGCAUGCAAUCCGGCGGCCUUACAACUACUACCGUUGGCGCUUGUCUCAACGGAGACUGGUUGUAAGGCAGUAUUGGCAAGCUCGUACACGUCGAGUUUACGAGCUGCUUCCUGAGAAAGACAAGGUCUUUGAGUACGUUGGACUUGGGCGGGGUUAGGUCACUCGUAUCGGUGGCGUCGUUGCAUAAACACACCGUUUCGCCAGUUUACUUACUAUGAAUGUCAUUUCAAAUUUCCCUUACAUUGCUGCAGUGA